CUCUUUUUAGCUCUCGGAGUGGCAAGACAGAGAGAGAGAGAGAGAGCGAUGGGGAUGACGUCGGAGAGCGCUUUCCCUUUCGCUUCGACGAAGCUCGCGACGUCUCCGCGCUUCUGUAACUCGAUCAGUAGGAGGAUAUUUUCUGAUGUUGUUGGGGAUAUAACGAUUUUUGUGGAUGGCCAAUCAUUUCUGUUGCACAAGUUCCCUUUGGUUUCUCGGAGUGGAAAAAUUCGCAAGAUGAUAGUGGAAUCCAAGGACCCUGAACUUUCUAAGUUGGAGCUCUUCAAUGUACCUGGUGGAGCCGCAGCAUUUGAACUUGCUGCAAAAUUCUGCUACGGAACAAACUUCGAAAUCACUACCAGCAAUGUGGCUCAUCUCCGAUGCAUUGCUGAGUAUCUAGAAAUGACAGAGGAUUACCAGGAGGAGAACUUAAUUGUCCGGACAGAGACCUACUUGAAUGAGAUUGUGGUGCAAAGCCUUGAGAAAUCUCUAGAAGUUUUAUGUGCUUGCGAGGGUUUGCAACCCAUUGUGGAGGAGCUCGGUAUACUGAACAGAUGUGUGGAUGCAAUUGCCAUAAAUGCUAGCAAGGAACAGCUGGUUUCUGGUUUGGCCCGCUUGGAAUGUGAUGCUGGAUCUGGGAAGUUAAAAAUGGAUUGUCAGGACUGGUGGGUCGAAGAUCUUUCAGUGCUAAGCAUCGAUCUUUAUCAGCGAGUUAUCGCUGCCAUGAGGAGGACAGGGGUGAGAUCAGAUAGCAUUACCACAUCAAUUAUGCAUUAUGCCCAAACAUCUCUAAAAGGUAUCGAAAGACGACAAGCUUGGGAUUCUAGUGCAUUUGUUGGAGACAAGCAGAGAGUGAUCAUAGAAACACUUGUUGGUCUCUUAGCAACAGAGAAGAUCGCAUCUGUUCCUCUGUCCUUUUUGUUUGGGAUGCUAAGGAUGGCAAUAGAGGUGGAUGCAGGUCUUGGCUGUAGGCUUGAGCUUGAGAGGAGGAUUGGGUUUCAGUUGGAAAUGGCAUCACUAGAUGACCUGCUCAUUCCUUCACUGCAGACAAGUGAUUCAGUGUUUGAUGUUGAUACCGUCCAUCGUAUACUAGUGAAUUUCCUGCAAAGGAUUGAAGAUGAAGAUUCUGAAGAGUCAUCGCAUUGUGGAUAUGAAUCUGAAGGUCUUAAAUCUCCAAAUCACAGUUCGGUUCUCAAAGUGGGGAGGCUUAUGGAUGGGUAUCUGGCGGAAAUUGCACCAGAUCCAUCCCUGAAAUUGCAAAAAUUUAUGGCUAUCGUUGAGUUACUGCCAGAUUAUGCUCGUGUAAUUGAUGAUGGACUCUAUAGAGCAAUUGACAUAUACUUGAAGGCCCAUCCAUCCCUGACAGAGUCUGAAUGCAAGAAGCUGUGCAAGCUCAUUGACUGCCAGAAGCUCUCUCAGGAAGCCUCCAACCAUGCUGCUCAAAAUGACCGCCUUCCUGUCCAGAUGGUCAUCCGUGUUCUCUACUUCGAGCAGCUUCGCCUCAAGUCUGCCCUCUCAGGGAACUCCGGCGACGGGUUCUCUCAGAGGAUGAUCAGCAGCAGUGGGGUCCCAAGUGCUGCAGUGUCGCCGAGAGACAACUAUGCUUCGUUGCGAAGAGAGAACCGGGAACUGAAGCUAGAGAUCUCCAGGAUGCGUGUGAGGCUCAGUGAAUUGGAGAAGGAACAAGCAUUCAUGAAGCAAGGGAUGAGGGAUGGUAGAUCAGGGGAGCAUGGUAGAGCAUUCUUUGCAUCCCUCUCUCGGGGGAUAGGCCGGAUAGCAAUGUUCGGCCCGGCCACCGGAAAACAGCAUAGGAGCACGAGGAAGUUGCAGGCAUCAGAUGGGAAGAGCAGGAGGCGGCACAGACAAUCAGUCUCAUAGAUUUCAGUGGAGUUUUGAUGUUGUGAGAAGUGAUUUUUGCCUUGCUUAAAUUAUGAGUACACAUACAGCCAUGCAGUUUCUUCACUGUAUGAUCUUUGAGAUCUUAUUAUUAGUGCUCACACUCAUCCCUGAAAUCACUGUUGGUGAAUCAGUUAAUAAUGCAAGAAAGAUCUCUCUCUCUCUC